CAACAAAUAUGGCGUCACGGCUCAUCUUUUCCUGGACGUGAUAAGAAUUGUGAAACGUACAACAGAUGAGCUAAAGAAGCGACAACCGGGACAGCACUGCAGAAAAUUUACCGCUGCUGUGCAUCUACACUACACAUACCUGUCUACGCCGGUGAGUUAACGGACACCAUGCCCUCUCCUAAAGCGAAAAACCCCGGUCGCAGCGGAGGAAGCCCGGUGCUCGGGAGCUCCAACGGUCGCUACGAGUUCAUGUCUCUGACAAAGCCGCUAAACCGGUCUUCACCGCCACACCUGCUCCAGCGCCAGGGCUCCGACCCGACCACGGCCCGCCUUCGAGCCUCUGAAAGCCCCACUCGGCGCCGGGGCUCCGGCUCCUCCACGGGCUCCGCGAGCGGUCAGGGGCCACCUGAAGAGGAUGGUAUCCGGCUCAACCCCUCCCUCAUUCGCGUAGCGCUCAGCUCCUUGUUGGCCAUCGACCUGUGGCUGUCCAAGCAGCUGGGAGUGUGUGCCUGUGAGGACUCGUCCUGGGGCAGUGUGCGCCCCUUAAUGAAGCUCUUAGAGAUAUCGGGACAUGGUAUCCCGUGGCUGGCUGGUACCGCCUACUGUCUGUACAAGAGCGACAGUGCUGCAGGACAAGAAGUCAUGCUCAACCUUUUCAUGGGCCUGCUGCUGGACCUGAUCUUGGUUGGCAUUGUUAAGGCGGUGGUGCGUCGGCGUCGGCCAGCACAUAAUCGUAUGGACAUGUUCGCCACCUUUUCUGUGGACCGCUACUCCUUCCCCUCCGGACAUGCCACGCGUGCCGCCAUGUGUGGCCGCUUCCUGCUGGCUCACCUCGUGCUGGCUGCCCCGUUGAGAGUCCUCGUUCUGCUGUGGGUGGGCCUGGUAGGGUUGAGUCGAGUGAUGCUGGGCAGGCACAAUGUGACUGAUGUGAUGUUUGGGUUCUGGAUGGGCUAUUGCCAGUACAACCUUGUGGAAAUGCUGUGGCUGUCCCCUCAAACACUGCAAGGGCUGCUGGGACAGUCAGCUUAAGGACUUAAGGAAAUGGUAGUUUAUAUUUGAGUAAAGGAGCACGUACACACCUUUUUCCCUUAUAGUAAUAUAUUCUCACUGAAUUGAAAGCAGCACUAUUUCUAAGGUUGGGAUCAUUUUAAAAAUACAUUUACUUUGUAACAAAACGAUAUUUGCUGAAGAGAAAUAUGAAUAAUGUUGUGGAGCAUAAAGUUGUGUUAAAACAAAAAUUGUUUUGUUAUAAAAUAAAUGUUUUUAUACAUUCAAAUAAAUAUUAAGAAUACUUUUUACAUCCCAUAAGUGUUGUAUUGGAGAUUAUGCUGACACUAGAGAGUAGAUCUUUAUCAAAAAAAAAAAACCCCAAAAAACGAAGAGUUUUUCAUGUUGUGUGACAACUAAGUCCACUACUAGCCCUCUUUCUGAGGUAGCUGCUAGCUCGUCUAUAACAAGUAGCAGGUUAAUCCCAACAGAUUACAGGAGAACAGGUUUGACCAUUUACCUUGAAGUUCUCUAACUCACUUAUGACACUUCUGUAGCUUGAUUCAAGGAUACAAUAUAAAGUCUAAACUCAAUUUUACAUUCACAACACAGUUUAAUGGGCUCUUACUUACUUUACACAUCCACAAACUUUAUAAGCAAGCUCAGUUCAGUCUUUACAAAAUCUAGCAAAAAGUUUUUAAAAGUGAAACAGAUGUGUUGAACACAAUGUUAUGCUACCACAACAUUCCACCAGUGGCAGCUUAUUCGCGUGCAUCAAAAGAAGUGUACUUUAGAGUUGCUGCACAGCUUUAAACACUGUCUGAAAGUUUACAGUGAAAUAAGUUGUUCAAUCUGGAAACCAUGGCAAAAACAUAUUAAAUAGUAGUAUUUAUUAAACAUAACGGGAAAAACUGAAUUAAAAAUAUCCAGAAUGUAACUUGUUUUAUAAUUUAUGAAUCAGACAUGCUGGGUUUUUGUUUUUUGUUUUUUAAUGAAAGAUUGUAUAACUACUCUGUGAAUAGUUUUUUUUUUUUUCACAAUUCACAUUUACUUGCUGACAUCAAAUGAAAACUGCACAUAUAGCAAACUUGCUUACCUGUCUUCACCUGCCCCCCUCUAGCCUUUCUAGGUGCUAAUCAUGAUAUAAGCCCUAACAUGUCCUCAAAGCUUUGUUCACAGAGCACAGAGGGCCUUUUUUCUUCUUUACGUGACUACUGAUCAGAUAAGAAGACAUAACAUUCUUUUAAGGAAGCACAUCCAAACCCUCAUAAAGAUUAAUUGCACCCCAUAUAUUUGUCUGUUUCACUUUAACACUAUCUCUCUUUCAUUAUUAGUCAACCAAAACUGUACAUGUAACUGAUAACUUAUCAGCUCUGAAGGAUUACAUACACUUAACCGUAAUGUUAUCAGGUCGUCUACAUAUAUCACUUGCAGAAAUUUGCAAACGCAGUAUAGUUGGCAUAUCAGAAUUGUACAGUGUAUUUGCUUAAAGGGACAAUUCACCCAAAAAUCAAUUGGCUUAAGAGUUGUCUUCACUUAAAUGGAAUAAGACACUGCACAUUUGUCUUUAUUAGGCAGGAAUGCAGUAUAAUGCACACACUUGGGUCUUAAGUACUACAGGAGUAUAUACUGUAUAUAGACAUUUUCAUUGUGAAAUUUACUGAAAAACUAAUGAAAAAAGUAACUUGAUUCACUUGAAUGACUCACAGGUGUGCUGUUUUAAAUAUAUAUAAAAGAUUGUAAAUAUAUUGCAUGGUUAGGUUUUUUCAUUCACAUUUAAAUGCUCUUGGACAUUAAAUACAUAAUCGUAUAUGAAGGGGGAAAAAAUAAUGAUCUGUAGUUUCAUUAACCAAUUUUUCAGUCUUGUUUUCUGGUUUUCUUUUAAGCCCUUUGCUGCAUUAGAACUUUGCACAAAAAGUAAAAGUUUGGUUGAUUAUGUCUUUGUUGUAGCAAUGCUUCUGGGCGAUAAAUCUUAUACUGCUGGAGAACCUGUUGUUUCCCCCUAAAUGGUGCCACAUUUGUAAGGGAAAUGCAUUUGUGGGUUGUGCAGCAGAGUUGAGUAUUUGCGUUGCACCUAUGAGAAACUUGCCAAAUCUUCUCUGCCAAUGCCAAACAGCUUAUUCUGCUAUUGAUUCUUUGUUUUUGAGCUUCUGACUAGCAGCACCAGUGACCCUGCCAGUUAGUGCUCCAAACAUGCUACGUUUGACUGAUCUGGAUAGGGCUCUUGCCAACUUCAAGAGCAACUUCAAGGGGAUGUUGUCCAAAAUAAAAUUGCAGCAUUAUUUGGAGUGAGCUCUAAUACCUUCUCCAAAUUAAAGAUCAAGUUCCAUAUAACGGAUGAAGUCAGAAGUAGGCCAUGAAGCGCAUGUCACAAGAAGACAACACCACAUGAAAACAGUUUCCUCACCCUGUCAGAACCUCGAAACUGCAGGCUGUCUUCUACAGAGGACAAAAUGCUGGACAAUAUGGUGAGACAAUCCAGAACAGACUCCACACAGCCAGUCUUAUGAGGCCGCCAGGAGGCCUACCAUGACUGCCCUUCACAGUAAGGCCCAUUUGCAUUGUUGGUGUGAGUAACAUGUGCACUGAAACCUGAAAGUGUGGAGGAACAUUCAGUAAUGCGUCCAGAUUCUGUCCACAGCAGUCAGAUCGCCUCUUAAAGUAUGGACUCACUACUUUUGAACAUUGAACGGGGUCCUUCCAGAGUUUGGAAGUUGAGAGGAUGGUGUUCGUUGAUUUCCAAUGAACACAUAUGGGAUCAACUUGUGCGUGCUGUUUGUGCGAGAGUUACCAGCACAACCAGACUGGCUGAUUUGUGACAAAUACUGGUUGAAGAAUGGGAUGCGAUCCCAUAGCAGUGUGUGACCAACCUGGUAACCAGCAUGAGCAGGAGAUGCCAGGUUAUUGUGGCUGCGUAUGGUUCGUCCGCAUGCUACUGAAGCCCGAUUGUUAAUUUACAAACUGCUAAAUUGCCAACAUGUCUUGUGUCUUCAAACCUCAAAAAUUCAACUCAAUAAACGGCACAAACAAGAGUAAAGAGCAGACUAAGUUUUGCAUUGCCAGAGGAGAUUUGGCAAGGUUUUCAUGGGGGCAAACCACGUACUCAAUACUUCUGCUCAAACCACAAAAGCAUUUUUCUUACAAAUAUGGCAGCAUUUAAGGGGAAAUAAACAGGAUUUCCAACGGUAUGAAAUAUAUAGUGUUACAACAAAGAAAUAACUGAGCAAACACAAAUUUCCUGACUUUUGUGAUAAAUUUGGAAGCAAAUUAGAAGAUAGCUGCAGGGGCGUAAUUUCCAGGGGGGUUAGGGGUGUUAUGACCCCCACCCCCCCACCCAAUAAUCAGACCCAACCAAUAUAACCCACCCAAUAAAAUUAUGAAUUAUCUUGCAUACAUAGACUGUUUAUUUUCUUUACUCAUUUCAGUUAUUAUCUACAAAAUAGUUGGAUGUUUAAUCAUCUGGGAAUUUACCCACAUUUAUUUAUUUAGACAGAGAUCUUGACACCCCCCCCAAAUGCAUGGAAUGCAUGGGUAAACACCUGGAAUGAAAUAAUUUCCUCAAGUCCAUACCUGAUUGCUCUGUCUGAAAAUUAAAAAUUUCAGUCCAAGAAAAUAUUGCCUAAAUUUUUCUUAUUGAAAAUUUGUCCUAAUUCCUACACUGUGAAAUAAUUCCUAACAAUACUAGAGUUUUACUUUUUUACUUCUUUUUAAUGCUCCACCAAUGUUUAAAAAAAUGAGGGCAAUAAUCUAGAUAAGUAAAUAGAAAACUAAUAAGCUGAUUUCUUUUAAAUUACACAAUUUAUUUGCCACUUGUGCCAAAGCAGCAAGCAGUUAUUUUGUUGGUAUCACAUUUAGGUGAUGCCAUGUUAGGUUUACUAUUUCAUUUAUUAUGUUAUGAUAUGGUGUGUGCUGCAAGGGGUUCAUGGAUGAAUGGACAUGAGGUAUAUGGUUUUGUUUCUGCAUUGUACAUGUACUAAGAUGCAUCGAUAAAUGUGGAAUAUGCAUUUGUGGAAAUCGCCAUCGCCAAAAGGACUGAAUAAUGUCUCUUUUUCAACUACAAUAAUGAGUGAUAUAAUGUUCGUAAAUUAUAUAUUUGAUGACCUGGCUCUUUGACCUACUGAACCCGAUGUGAAUUUCAAUUUUUAGUCAAAACACAAGAAACAGUCAUGUUUCACUGGGUUAGGUAUCACUGGGUUAAUAAUUAUCCACACCGACCCAAUGACUGAACCUGUACGCGAAGUUUUUCAGUUCACAUAUUGCUGUAUUUCCCAGAUUUAUUUUGAUGUUUAAUCCAUUUUGGUGCAAUGCCACUAUCAGUAGUUGAUUAAAUGCCCAAGUGAGGUCCAACAUUAACAAUAAAAUUUUAAAUGACGCAAGUAGUUAAGAUGUUGUAACUGAAAUGUGUGUUUGACGUUGGCAUUGUCACAGAGGCUAUUGACCCUUCCCAUUAGAACGUGGAGGGCGUGAGAAGAGACGUAGUUAACCUUUUUGUGUCCUUGAAGCUGCUCCACUUGUGUGCCAAAUCUGAGUGAAUGUUUAUUUCUUCUUCUUCUUCUUCUUCCUGGUAAAAUUGCAGUGUUAUUUAGGAAAUUUUGCUUCUACUAGGGAUGCACAUUGGCUCCAUAGAUGAUGGCAGUGGCUAAUAUUUAAUCUGUAAUCGGUGCAUUCAUUUUGCACUCACUUACUGUUCAAAGAUGUGGGAUUAGAAGGUGAAAGUACAUUUUCAAAUAGUUUUUUUAAUGAUAAAUAUUUUUUUCUUUCCCAGUACAACAGAGAAAAUGAAGGGAUAUGAACAUUAGCUGCCAGUCGAAUCAAUACUUCAAAUAGCAGUAUCAGCUAAUCACCAUCAGUCCAUCAUUAUAAAACUAAGCUUAGUAAGUUGAAUGGGAAUUUUAAAUCCUUUUUGAUUGGUUUAUAAUUCAAGAAAGGAAAAAAUAGUUGUGCUAGUACUACAAAGAAAAGCAAAGAAACAUUAUGAAUAUGUUUUUGAAUCUGUGAAUGAGUUUUAAUGCCGUGUUUGAAGUGUAUGGCUAAACCACUCUGUCAGGAGGGAGAAAAUACUUGAGUCAGUUGCACAACAGCUUGCUCACUUCAAACACACACCUCAGUACUGCCAGAGACAAGAAGUUACAUCAGUUUUUUUGUCCUGUAUUACGUGUAUUUGACAAAAAGAAAGUUUCGUGUCCGUCUCUGGGGUCUUUUUUUUUCCCACCGGUUUGUGCUAGUUGGUCUAAGCCAGAUCCAGAUACCUGUAUGAACUCAGCAGACUGUUCCCACUCAGAUAUUUUAUUGACCUUGUGCAAUCUGUGCUGUCUCUGCAAUAACUAACCAAUGAUCUUCCCAGUGCCAGUGAGAAAGGUUUCAGCUUUGAAGAUUUUCACUUCAUUACACUUUGGUUGUAAAUCUAAAUAUGCUGGAUGGUAAUUUUUGUGACCAAAUAAUUUUUAUGAUUGAUUCUUUUCUUUUUUUAAGACUAAAAAUGUUUAAAAAAAUUAGUUGUGUAUGUUGUGUACUGAAAGAUUUUGCACAUUUCUCAUAACCUGUACUGUAACAGUUGAGAAACUUUAUGAACAAAAUGUAUUUCUUAUUCUAUACAUUUUUCAAACAUGAAGCUUCUAUACAUUUUACUGCACUCAUUGCCUGCUAAAUACUAUGAACUUCACUGUACAUCACUUGUAUAGAUCUUAUAAUGCACAUUUAUGUAUACGUCUGUGUGUGUGGUUAUGCUGUAUUAUAGUCCGUGGAUUUGAAUUUGCUGUUGAAAAUUAUCCCGUAAUUUGAUUGUAAGAAUUUGUAAUUAAAUGGGGAACCAAUCUAAAA